GCAGCGCGAAGAAAACAAACGAGUUAAGAACGUCAACAAUGUAGACUUCUUCCUUAAAAAGCAGUUGAGUGACAUAAAAAUAAAUAAAUAUGCUAUAUUAACGUGGUAGGGUAUCAAGUUCCAGCCAUAUUCCUAAUCUUGUUUGAAAAUGAGUGGUAAAAGUCAAGUAAAAUUUUGGAAACCAGGAGCUGAUCAACCAGGCAGUCAUCUUAAAGAAGAAAGAAAAUCAGAAGAUAAUGUUGAAUCAACCACAGUUGUAUAUAAUCCUUUACGCAACUUGACAAUUGAUCAACAAAGACUCAAACUUCCAGUGUUUCAGCAUCGUAAUAAUAUAUUAUAUCUAGUAGAGAAAUAUCAGACUGUUGUUAUUAUUGGUGAAACAGGAUGUGGAAAAAGUACUCAAAUACCUCAGUACCUGUUGGAAGCUGGAUGGGCAAAAGAAGGACAUGUAAUUUGUGUAACACAACCAAGAAGAGUGGCUGCUGUUUCUGUAUGUACAAGAGUAGCAGAAGAAAGAGGUUGUUUACUUGGUGAAGAAGUUGGAUAUUUAAUAAGAUUUGAUGAUUGUACAGAUCCAACCAAUACUCGAAUGAAGUUUUUAACAGAUGGGAUGUUAAUCAGAGAGAUCAUGCAAGAUCCUUUACUAUCAAAAUACAGUAUUAUUAUGUUGGAUGAGGCACAUGAAAGAUCUUUAAAUACUGAUGUUAUUAUGGGAUUGUUAAGGAAGAUACAGAAAAAAAGACAAGAUCUAAGACUGAUUGUUACAUCAGCAACACUUAAUGCAGAGGAAAUACAAGAAUUUUUUAAUACUAAUGAAACAAAUAAUCCUGAGAAUGAUACAGCAGCUAUUUUAACUAUUGAAGGUAGAGAAUAUCCUGUAGAUAUACAUUAUACUAUUGAUCCCGUUCCAAAUUAUUUAAAGUCAUCAGUAGAAACAGUCAUGAAAAUCCAUCUUACAGAGAAACCUGGAGAUGUAUUAGUUUUUCUUACAGGACAGGAUGAAGUACAAAGAGUUGUUGAUAUGUUAAUAGAAGAAGCUAGAAAAUUGCCAAAAGAUAAACAGAAGUUACAAAUAUUACCAAUGUAUGGUAGUUUACCAGCUUCAGAACAGAUGAGAGUUUUUAGCAGAACACCUCAGAAUACAAGAAAAGUGGUUGUUGCUACAAAUAUUGCUGAAACAUCUAUUACAAUUAAUGGCAUUGUAUACAUUGUCGAUUCUGGGUUUGUGAAAAUAAAAGCAUAUAAUCCUAAAACUGGUUUAGAAUCUUUAGUUAUCGUACCUGUAUCUCAAGCUUCAGCAAAUCAGAGAGCAGGCAGAGCAGGUCGAGUUAGAGCAGGAAAAGCUUAUCGUCUUUACACAGAAAAGGAUUUUGAUGCACUUGCGACUACAGCAGUACCAGAAAUGCAGCGGUCAGAUAUGGCACCUGUUGUUUUACAGUUAAAAGCUCUCGGUAUUGCUAAUAUCGUUAGGUUUAACUUUGUGUCGCCUCCGCCAGCUCAGAAUUUAGUAAGAGGAUUAGAACUGCUGUUUGCUCUAGGGGCUUUAGAUGAAAAUGGUAACCUUACAACACCAUUGGGACAGCAUAUGGCUGAAUUUCCUCUCCAACCAAUGUUUGCUAAAAUGCUGCUUGUUUCUGGAGAUUAUGAAUGUUCAGAGGAAGCAUUGACUGUGACAGCGAUGACACAAAUACAGAAUGUUUUUGUUACACCUUCUUCUCAAAAAAUAAAAGCAGAUAAAGCUAGAAGAAAGUUUUCAGUAGAGGAAGGCGAUCACAUUUCUUUAAUAAAUGUUUAUGAGGCUUUUCUAAAGUUUGGUAAGAAUUCCAGAUGGUGUCAUGAAUAUUUCUUGAAUUACAAAGGAUUGUGUCGGGCUGUAGAAAUAAGAAAUCAGUUGAAGAGAAUGUUGAUGAAAUUUAAAAUACCUUUGAUAUCCUGUGGAGAAAAUGUUGAAGCUAUUAGACGCUGUAUAACUGCUGGAUUUUUUGCUAAUGCUGCUAAGUUACAUUAUACUGGUGAAUAUCGAACAGUUCGCGAUGAUCAAACUUUACAUAUUCAUCCAACGUCUGUACUCUUCCCAGAAAUUCCUCCAAAAUGGGUGGUAUUUAAUGAAGUUGUACAGACAUCUAAAUAUUUUAUGCGUGAUGUGACAGUUAUUAAACCAGAAUGGUUGUGUGAAUUAGCACCACACUUUUAUCAGUUUGGAACAGAAAAAGAAUUGGCAGCUAAAAGAUUUAAGCCUGGAUAAAGUAGACAGUUUAUAUAUAAAGUUCAAAUUAAUUUAGAAAAAAGGUGGUACAAUGUCAAUGGAAAUGAAAUGAAAUGGGGUUUAACGUCCUACUGUUCUGAUCCAACUGGGUUAAUGAAGAUGGUGAUGUCAAUGGAUGAUGUAAACUGCAAUUUUUGUGAACAUAUAUAAUCUUUAAAACUUGGCAUUAGUAAACAUGCAUUAUGCAAGAGCUAAAUCUGCCUAUUGCAGGUCUUUCUUAAGGCCUGAAAUGUUUUCUAAAGUAUUAAUUAGACAUUAAUUAACUGAUCCAGGUCUUAAUCAACUCUCGAUGCUCGAUGGCAUUAGAUUUCUCCGAUAUUAAAUAGAUUAAAAUGGUUCAGCGAUACUUUGAUUUAAUCAAAUAUGGAGGACCGAGACUUAGCUUCGAUCAACCAGUACGGUGGUUGAAAUUAUUGCACACGUCUGUCAAACCUUCAAAGGCUAAUAUCUUCGCUUGCAAAAGAGUAAUUUGAAUGAAAUUUUCAAAUUAUUCAUUUUACAUCAUCUACAUUCGAACUAUUAUAGCAAGAAUGGCUAGUUCUUUAUCUAAAUCUUACAUAAUGUAUCUUUAACCAAAAUAUUUGAUGAUAUUGUUUAUAUUCCAGUUAUUGUAACCUUGGGAAUGCAUUUUAUUAAUCAAGAAACAUAUUUUUCAAUAGCCAUUUUAUUAAUGACAGUGGUGAACAAACUUCUAUGAUUCGAUUCGUAAGAUGAGAAGAUAUAAUAUAACCAUGCCUAUUGACCCAAAAAACUAUCAGAACCCUAAGAAAUAUAUCUCCGAAAGUGGUAGUGCUAUGCCACCAGGCCUCCAUAUCACUUCCCCACUAGAACUGCCGUUAUACCCCAAAUUUCAGCCUUGGGACAGCCUUAGUGUAGCCGUCAAGUGUGAACAAAAGGAAAACGAUAGUCACAAAUAGAUAUUGAGUUGCUGUGUUAUGAAAUAUUUCUGGUUGACUUGACAAAUAAAAGACCAGUAUUCAGCAGAGAGCGGAAAUCAUCUUUUGGAUAAAAUAUGAAAAAUUGCUACAAAUGUUACUAUGUAUCAGUGAAUUAGUAGUUUUUUGAGAGAAUGCAUUUUCCGACAUAAUUACAUGUAUUUGUAUUAAUGUUAUCUAAAUGUACUGUAUUGUAUUAAUGUUAUCUUAAUGUACUGGACCUUGAUACAGUAUUUAUAUACAUGUGUAUCAAUCUGUUGUCAAAUGGUAUCAUAUGUUCUGAAGAGAGUAAGGGGGUUUGGGUGGCUGAAUGGUCUAAGGCAUGUACUUAAGGUCAUAAAGCCUGUCUUUGAGUCAGGUGGAGUGGUUUUGAUUCCCAACUUGUAUGUUACAAGGAAUAUUGUCGCCUGUCCAACCUCAUGGGUUUUCUCUGAGUCCCCACCCCCCACUUCUGAAAACAUGUACACACUAGCGAUUUGUUGAAAUAAAAUUGGACCAUAUGCUAGUCCUGAAAUGAAGUUUAAACCCCUCUUAUCUCUGUAAUAAGAUUAAGCAUACACUGCAUCAUGUAAAUAAGAUUAAGCAUACACUGCAUCAUGUAUGAGACCUAUUAACUAUGAGGCUGCAACUAGCCAGGGUUUAAUGUAUUAAAUUAUGUCUGAAAAUUCUCAGUAAAUGACAAAUAUUUGGUUAGGACUAUAAAUCUAUAUAUCUAAGCAAAGGUUUGGACAUUUCAAACUAGGACUUUUUAUACGUCCACAUUUUUAUGUGGACGUAUAUUUUCGUCGCCCCUGUCCGUCCGUCCACAAUUUGUUUGUGAACACUCUACAGAUCACAAUUUUUAUCCGAUUAGCAUGUAUCAGAUUAAAACUUCAUGGAUUAUAGCCCCUGAUUAUACCAAAAAUCACGUUUUUAGCUUAUGGCCAAUCUAGAGGUCACAAUUUUGAUCCGAUCUUAAUAAAACUUGAAAGGUAACAAUUUUUAUCCGAUUUAAAAAAAACGUUGGAAUAUAUCACUGUUUACACCCCAAUGAUGGUUGACUUCGAAUUUCGUGAAAAAGCGGACCAAAACUGCCAGAAAAAAUGGCCGCCCUUUGUAAGCAAAUCAUGUAAAUAUUUGGUAUAUGUGAAAAUUGGACCAAAACUGCUGGACAAAAUGGCCGCCCCUCGUAUGCAAAUAGUGUAAAUAUAUGGUAUAUCAUGGUUGUGGACCCUCUAGAGUACACAAUUUUAAUCCGAUUUUGACGAAACUUUAAAUUUAUUUUUAUAUCAAAUAUCUCAGUCCAUUUCUAUAUUCGCGCAUUUCAGACCAUAAUUUUCUGGGAUAUGGCCCCUGAUUGUACGAAAAAUCGCUUUUUUUUUAAGCUUAUUCUCUAUCCAUCUCUUGCAAAAUGAUUGCGUAUCUUGCCUGGCAACCGCUGGUUAUUAUAUUUUGGUGACAUUAUGUUCUGUGAAUUUUGUAAAUGUCAUAUCAGACUGUGUGGAAAUCAGUUAAUAUUUUGUGUAGGAAGAUUCCUGGUAAAUCCAUUUCUAUUGUUUGAUAAACAAGAUAUUCUUUUCUCUAUAUGAAACUGGAAUAAAUGUUAUUUUUCUGUUGAUGUUUCAUUUUUUAAAAAUAUAGAUAGCCUUAUAGAAUGCCAGUUCCCAGCUGCAGGGACUGAAAUCUAAUUUACUUUAUAUUAAAAUCACAUCAACGUUUUUAA